GUUUGGGCCCAAUGGCCCAUAAACGAAUAUAGUGUAAAACCCAAAACCUCUUCCCUGUCGUAGCAUCAGUUUGGAGCUCCGUCAUUUCAAAGAAACCAGAAAAAUCAUUCCUAUACAAGAGCUAGCAAAUGGGUUUUCUAUAGGCCAGUUGAAAACUAAACGGGCGAUCAUAAAAGUGAAAAAAAAAUGAGUUUGUUUUUAAGGCUUAGGCAUCAUUUACCUUAUGGAUUCCGUUCAAAUUCUAUGCAUUCUCCCGUUAUUGCACUCAAUUACGUAAAGUCAACAGGUUUGACCCGAAUGUUCAGUCAACCUGCAAAACAAGUGGAAGAAGAAGUAGAGAUCGACCAAAAGCGACUCCCAACAGAUUACGACCCCGCAACAUUCGACCCAACCGAACACCGCAGCCCACCAACCGAACGCGUAUGGAGACUCGUAGACGAAAUGUCAUCACUCACAUUAGUUGAAGUAGCUGAACUUUCGUCGAUAAUGAUGAAAAAGAUGGGUAUGAAAGAGCCGCCGGUUGUGGCGGUGAUGAAGCCAGGUGCCGCCGGGGUAUCGGGUGUGGCGGCAAAAGGUCAAACUGCAGCAAAGGAAGAGGCAAAGCCCGAAAAGUCCGUCUUUGAGUUGAAACUUGACUCGUUUGAAGCAGCUUCGAAGAUCAAGAUUAUUAAAGAAGUGAGAAGUGUUACUGAUCUCGGGCUUAAAGAAGCGAAAGAUUUAGUUGAAAAAGCGCCCAUUGUGUUCAAGAAAGGAGUGACGAAAGAAGAAGCCGAACAAAUCAUCGAGAAAAUGAAAGCCGUUGGUGCCAAAGUUGUGAUGGAGUAAACAUCAAAUGAACGGGUAUCCCUCAAUCGUUAAAUCUCGUUUUCUUGUAGGAAUUAUUGAAAGACAUGAACGGGUUUUGUUAGCGUUAGGCGUCUAGCAGCAUACGUACACUUAUGCAUGUUUAUGGACUAUUUUCAAGUGGGAAAGUUUGGGUUUGCCUUUCUGUUAUUGUUCUUUUGAGAGUUGAGAUGUAUGCUAAUUGGUAAGAAACACAAUAAUAUGAUACUCUUUUUUGAUUGUAAUGAUUUAGUUCAUUGGA